GCGAGACUGUGACGACUGUGAUGUCGUAGUUGUGUGUAUCUUAUUUUUGAGUGGUAUUUUCAGUUUUCUUUUUUUCUUUUUUUAAUAAAAAAUCCAGGUUAUCAAUCCCGUGAUUUUGUUGAUGUGUUUCGUUUGGCGCACGGGCCCGCGUGGCAAACGUUGCUGCAUGUGGAAAUAGCCGAGCAGAACCUCCGUGUGUUCCUCAACCAUCCUUUUAUCGGUUGCACAACUGCUCCGCAACUUCUCCUGUCCACUCGCCCAAGUGCACGAUGAGCAAAAAGGCCACUAAGAAUCAGGAACCAGAGGCUACAUAUACUGAGCGCGACAUCGUGCUCGCCAAAGUACGCGGCUUUCCUCCGUGGCCGGGAAUGGUCGUGAAUCCUGACAGCGUUCCCCCAUCUGUCUCCAAAGAACGUCCCACGGGCAAGAAAGCUACAUUUUAUUGUGUCAGAUUUUUCCCAGCUGGGGACUUGUAUGCCAACUCGCCCCUUUUUUGUAUUACGGAUCACUCAGAUUCCUUGAACAGCGCUUGGCUUGUGGCCAAAGAUAUCUCCAAGCUGAAGGAGCACGAAAUCCAAGCGUAUAUCAGUGAACCACACAAGAAAAACACCGACCUCCUAGCAGGCUAUCGCAUUGCCCUGGAGCCCGAGAAGUGGGAAAAGGAAAGAGAGAAUGCUGAUCUCAUUGCUGCGGAACAAGAAGACAAUGCGUCUGUCGAUCAACUUGACAGUGAGCAAGACGAAGACGAGAAGAAACUAUCCAAGGCAAAGAAGCGCAAGCGAGAUUCGGAUGCUGCAGCGAAACCCAAGGCUAAAGCCAAGGCUAAGACAGACAAAAAGACUUCUGUGAAAGGUAGGAAGAACGGAACCAAGUCGAAGGAAAUGGUCGAGUCUGAGGACGACGGUGACCAAGACGCUGAGGGUGAAGGCGGCGACGUGGCUUCGGGCGCUAAAGCAGCACCACCGCCUUCAAAGAAGUUGAGGCGGGACAAGGAUGAAGACGUCGAUGUCAAAAUGGAGUCCGAUCCUGAAGCAAGGAAAGUCAGGGAGUGGCGGCACAAACUUCAGAAGGCACUUUUAGGUAGCAAAGGCCUUCCAUCACCCGAUGAAAUGCCAGGUCUUGAUCAACUUUUCACAACUGUCGAGAAAUACGACCAUCCAAACCUCAUUGACUACCUCUCCUUUUCCAAAAUCGGCAAGGUCAUGCGUCACAUUGCUGCAUUAUCUGCGGAAAAAGUGCCCCGAGAUGAGGAAUUCCACUUCCGAACGCGCGCAAAGGCCUUGGUAGAGAAAUGGCAUACCAUAGUUGACGCCAGAAAGGCAAAUGAAGGUGGAGAGGCCGCACCAAAUGGCACCUCAGCAGAAGCAGCAGGGGCUUCACCAACGCAGAAUGCUACGUCGACAGCAGCAGCCGCAGAAGGGGAAAAUGGCGACGCGGUAGGGGAUAUAUCUAUGCUGUCUGCUGUAUGAAUGCUCUGUUGCGAAGUUCCGUUUAUGAUCCUAUGUCGUGAGUUUUUUGCAAGUCAAUCACCCGCUUUAAAGUCACCCUGCAGCUGGAAAGUAUAGCGUUGGUCGCUCAUUAGCAGCGUCUGUCAAGAUGUACGAUGUACAUAAUUCAUUAUGAUGACUGAUCACGUCAAGUCUUUUCAUACAUAUAUGUAG